CUUGCUUGCUUGAGAGAAAACAAGUGGACGGUAUUUUUUUUUUUUUUAAUCUCCUCAAAUUUUCUGAUUGAAGCUGUUUAUGAGUUUUGUAUUGAAGUGAUUUAUUUGUCAGAAGAUCUGUGUUUCAGGUGUGGGUUAUUUGUUUUCUUGCAUGUUUGUGGGUAAUGUCUGAAGUAAUGAAGUAAAUUGAGGUAACUUUGCUUAUGGGUAGUUUGUUGGUUUUGGGUUUGAUUGGCAGAUUCUCUCUACAAUUUGAACGAUCCUACCACGUCCCCCACUGAAGCUGUCCUGUUUCUCAAUUCUGAAAAAGAUUAGAUAGCAUUUGAGGUGUUGUCAAUUGUGAAGCUGCUGCUGCUGCUGACAUUCCAAUAUCAUCUUUCUCAGUGAUGUCAACAGAAAGUGGAAAGAAGAACAAAUUUUUAGGAGGCGAUAAUAACAGUCCAAAGAGAGGACAAAGAAUACUUAAUGAUCAGAAUCUAACUACUCUUCCUAACAUGACCAUGGAUUGUAGAAGAAAAUCAAAAAGAUGGAGAGAAGCUUCUGAGACAUUGAUCACCAAAGAGAGUCAGAGUCAGACUUGCAGCAGCAAUAAUCAAAAUGGGAUGACAACAAACAGUGGAAAAAGUAAACUAAGGAGAGUUUCGGGAAGUGAUCUUGCUAAUAUGAGCAUGGAUUGUCGAAGAAAAUCAAGAAGGUGGAGAGAAGCAUCUGAGCCAGUGCUACUCGAAAAGAAUCAGACAUCUGAGAGUCAUGAUGAAAAUAAUCAGGGAAGUAGAAAUGAUCGACAAAAAAAUUCAGCUGCUUAUAGUACAUAUAUGAUAGGUGAAUCUUCUUAUUCAAUUGGUCAAGCAGCCUAUCAAAAAACUAAAGAAGGACUAAUUGUGAAAUAUGAGGACUCUGGAGACAACGUCUAUAAUUGUAUUUAUUGCGGUGCAUACUUUUGGCACGAAGAAGCUAUAAAACAAUCAUCUAUAAAUGCGCAACUCAUAUAUACAAAUUGCUGUAGAAAAGGACAGAUUAAACUUUCACAACCUAAACCAACUCCUAAUUUUCUUAGAACAUUAUUGAAUGACAAACAGUUUAAAGAAAAUAUUCGAAUUUAUAAUUCAAUGUUCUGUUUCACAUCAAUGGGAGCAAAAAUUGAUCAUAAAAUAAAUGCUGGAUCAGGUCCUUAUAUAUUCAAAAUUAAUGGACAAGUACAUCAUUUAAUGGGUUCUGUGUUGCCUUCUGAAGGUGAGUCUCCUAAAUAUGCUCAAUUAUAUGUAUAUGAUACUAGAAAUGAAAUUUCAAAUCGUAUUAAUGCUAUUGAUCCUGCUCAUGUUAAUCAAAAUAUUAGAUCAGAUAUCGUUGAAGGACUUAUUAAGAUGUUCGAUGAAAUUAAUGAAUUAGCAAAACAAUUUCGCAUUAUGAGAGAUAAAUUUGAAAACCGUUCUUUACCUUCAUUUAAGAUGAGUAUACUUGAUCGCCGCUCUACCGAUGAUAAACAAUAUGAAAAGCCAGUAAAUGAUGAAAUUGGUGGUUUAAUUGUUGGUGAUAUUGGAUGCUAUGGCAAUUUGCAGACAAUAUGGGAAUCCUGA